AUGCCAAAACCAUGGCCGACUGGAGGCCGGUUUGCCAAGCCACAGGCCAGGAGGCAACCUUCAAUUGAUUUAAACGUAGAACACAACAAGUACAACAGUUUGAAUGAACAACUCGCAGAAGCAAGUCUUCGGCUUAGACAUAUGAGAGGUGAGGAACUUGAGGGGUUAACUGUCGGUGAAUUGCAGCAGAUGGAAAAGAAUCUUGAAACAGGACUGCAGAGGGUGCUUUGUACAAAGGACCAACAAUUCAUGCAACAAAUCAGUGAGCUCCAACAAAAGGGCACACUUGUGGCAGAGGAAAAUUUGCGCUUGAGAAGCCAAAUGCCUCAGGUGCCAAAGGCCGGCAAGAUGACUGUUGUCGAAACUGAAAACGUUGCCACUGAAGAUGUCCACUCAUCUGAAUCUGUGAUGACGGCAUUGCAUUCGGGGAGCUCGCACGACAAUGACGACGGUUCUGAUAUAUCCCUGAAGCUAGCGUUGCCUUGAAAGUACGGGGCGCACCUGAGGACGCCCCUUGUGAUGAGUGGAGUCUCUCUCCUUCGUAGAGAAGAUGCCAUGUUACGAUGGAGACUCCAAGACUGACUGACUGGAAUGAUCCCAUAGUAGUAACCAGAUCAGUUUAACCUGGCUUGUCCGUGCAUGUAUGCAGUUGUUCCCCUUUGCUUGGGUGUGCACUGGACUUGUAGCGUAGUGCUAUGUGUAGUGUUUCUUCGCUCCUGCGACUUGUAUCAUUCGCGCCAACUAUGUACCUGAGGCUCAUGUGUACUUAGUUGUGAAAGCUUGUUGGCCUAAGCCAUUCUCAGUGCA